AUGGGGUGCCGAACAGUAAUUUUGCUUGACUGUCAUCCAGAAACGCAAACGCGUGUAAAAGAACAAGAAGAAUCAUCGAAUAUACCAUCAUUUCCCUUAUGGACUUGCUUUACUGAAGCGACCUUAGAGUAUUGUCGAGUCGUUUUUGAUCUUUUUGAUUCAAGCACCGGUGCUUCUCCUGUGUCUGUUCAUAUUGCUGGCGCACCUUUACGACUACGCGUCCUCAAUGAGUGGCAUGAACAAAAUUUAAUGCAGAUUGCUGACAAUGUAAAAUUAAUAUCACCAUAUUCCGUUUCGCCUUCUCCUACGCGCUUGCCACAUGCGUUAGAAAAUGCUAUAAAAGUAUUGGAAGUAAAUAAAUCUGACGAUAAGUUAGUCGAUAAUAUAAGAGCAAAAGUUAUUUUAAUAUUAAUGGGAAAGGCAGAGGAGCCUGGUUAUAGUUAUCGAGAGACACACGAUCAAAAACUAAUUGAUCUUCGUGAUAUGAUCUACGAAGCUUUGAAGUCUGAACGUUUACAACGACUGCAACAAUAUCAUUUUGAUGUUUUACGUGUCAUGCCUUCCUACGAAUUAAUUGAAAAAGAUAUUCCGUGGGCAAAAAUCAAUACACCUAAUUUGUCAGCAGAAAUUUCUAUCACGUUAUACAAUAUUCCACCGGGUCGAAGAUGCUUAACACGUUCAAUGUUGCAUUUAGCUCAGUUGCAUCUCAAUUUAAAUAAUUUACGACUUUUGGAAGUUCCAAUGAAGAAAUCAAAUAAUACAAAAUCAUCAUAUGAAGUAAAUUUAUUGUAUCCAGCAGGAAAUCACACUCCCCAUAACGUUUCUACAAAAAUUUCAAAAAAGCGAAUAUACGAAAUUGGUCAUUUAAAUGAUCGUCAAAUCGUUCUUAAGUGGGUUCAGAGACUCCAUGGAUUAGAUCAAUUGGCAACAAGUUGUACUCAUAUGGUUACGCCGACGGAAAUUUCACCGCCAACUCGCGCUUUAAUGUCGAGUUUAAUGAAGGGUGCAAUUUACGCUUUAGCUGAUGCACACGAGAUAUCAAAUAUUGGUAGUAAUUCUGGCAUUCAGAAUGAGAACGGAAAGUCUACAUCAUUUUCACAUCUUAUAUUAUUUCGACAAGACGCUUUAUAUCUUCAUUGUCAACAUAUUAAUCAUGGACAAAAUGUUCACCUUGAAGAUGCCAUGUACUUUAGUAACAUUCCUCCUAAAAUUAGUACUAUGUUUCAAAAAAGAAGAGGUCAAUUAAUUCAGACUACUUCAAAUUUGGAUAUCGAAACUCGUUGGCUGUCUUUGCUGAAUACUACUGGUAUUAAAUUGCAGAUUGAUCUGAGCGCCGAUAAUCCCGUUUCUGAAAUAAUAUCACAAUUGAAGGAUUUAUUAUGUGUUGAUAUACCACGCAAUGAUGGUGUGAAAAUAAUAAAUGAAAUAUUGGAUCGUUUAUUGAUGAUGGGAAGAAGAUCAGAAAAAUUUCAAAACCAAAAAAGCGCGAUUUCAUUUUUAAGACAAUUGACUUCAAUUGCCGAAAAUUUGCAAUCUUCCUCUCCAAUGCAUGAAGAUAUUUGUGAUGUAAUUCUUGCAAGAAUUAAACCAGAUGGAACAGAAAAUAAGCAAGCCCAAAUAUCCCAUGAUACAUCAAAUGUUUCGGAACCUUCUUCAGAACCUCUGGUUCUUUUAAAAGAAGAAUCAAAGGAAACUCAAGGGACAUGGCAACAAUUUGAUCAACUCAAUUCAAUGACAUAUCGAGAAAGGCAAGAUAUGUUGGAUGGACAAGAUUUAUCACAUUUAUCUCAUCAACAAGCUCAUAUACCAAAUCAUAUAAGGAAUAGAAUACCUCCACAUCGAGGAAAAGGUUUUAAUCAGGUAUUAGGGGGACGUCGUCCAAGAGGAUAUCAUAGUUUUGGUAAAACUGAAACGCCUUCAAGAGAUAAUGGUGAUAUAAUUCGACAUCCACCUGCUCCUUAUUUGCGAAUAAAACCUGUUGAUGAUAAAAUGAUUGCACAAGAAAAGGAUGAUAAUAUGAAAAUAUUGAAAAAUCCUAAAUCCUUACUAUAUCAAUAUUGGUCUGCGAAAAGAAAGGAUAAGUUUAAAGGAACGUGUCGUAAGGAUUUUGAUGGACGAUUGCCAUCCAGCGAGCAAAAUCGAGAUUAA